GCAACGUAUUGUGUCAGGCCGCUGUCUGUUUUUUAUCGCGCUUGUCACACUGCUGCAACUGCUUCUGUGUUUUUGCACGUUCGGAAUGUGUGGGUCCAGACAACCUAACAGCAUGGAAUCAUCCAACGACUCUCGAGGUCCCCCUCCUUCUUGGAUCAAUAACGAAUUCAUAGAAACUGCCCUGAAAAAUAAAGAAGGGGACCAAGUUUCUGUAGAUUCAACGAAAGUACAAUACGCGUGUGCGGAAGGAUCUGGCUACGCAAGUUUAUUGUUCAGAGUCACUAUCUUUCUAAAGGGAGCAGACGACGAAGAAGAGGCGAGGAAGGAAUCGCUACUGGUGAAAACAACUCUUCUAUCUGGACCCAUGAAGGAACUGCUGGACAACUGCCAGGUGUUCAGAAUCGAGUCACGAAUGCUGCAUGAGGUGAUGCCUCAAGUCCACAAGCUCUUGGCACCAUUGGAGGGUGAGGACUUCCGGCCGCUGACAGCUCGCUGCUACGACUGGGGACAGCAGCCGGCAGACUUUCUGGUGCUGGAAGAUUUGUCAGCAGCCGGCUUCAGGAUGGCUGACGCGGGACGGCCUCUGGACUAUCAGCAUUGCAAAAUGGUCCUGCGAGCUUACGCCAGACUGCACGCCGCCUCAGCCUGUCUGAUUGACAGGCAACCCGACUACAAGAGCGCGUUCACUGGGAAUAUGUUCACAGACAAGAAUACUAAGGAAUAUUUCAGAUCAUUGGGGGGUAAGAUAUUGUGUGCGCUGGCGGACGAGCUGAACAAAUGCCCUGGGUAUGAAAAAUAUGCCGAAAAAUGUAGGACUUACAUGGACCGCGUCGCUGAUACCGCAUUUGAUGUAUAUGAGCGACUCAAGGACAACACCAAGCUGUGUGUAUUGAGCCAUGGUGACUGCUGGAAGAACAACCUGAUGUUUAAGUACGUGAACGGAGCACCGUCAGAAGUCAGACUUGUCGACUUUCAGAUAUCAUCAGUGACAAGUCCAGCCUCGGAUCUACAGUACUUCCUGUACGCGAACGCCAGCGAAGAUGUCCAUCGGCACCACAUGGAGGACCUGCUGCGCGAGUACCACAGCACGCUGGUGGGCCUGCUGCAGGGUCUGGGACUGGAACAGGAAGCUGAGGUCUACACCUUCGAGGAGCUGCAGAAGGAGAUGGACGGCUGUCUAGUCCUAUCAUUUAUGUUCAGUGCUAUGAGUGGCUUCGUUCUGACCUCUGAAAAGUACGGCGCAGAGUUUGUGAAGGCAUUCAAUGACCCGGAGCAUGCCGGCGAAGCUCUCGGUAAGACCUAUCAAAAUCCGUAUUCGUUAUCCUACAUGAAGUACCUGACACCUAUUUUUGACAGUAAAGGAGCUUUGUGAUCACUUGUAUUAUAGGCGGCUUUUAAAGUUCGAAGUAUGUGACAGUUUGCAAUGGCAAGUUGGUGUACUCAUCUACGUCCCUGCAAGCUACUGCGAGUGGAGGGACGACUUUUGUAACAGCGAGCCAAUGCUAUUACGUAAUUAUGUGCAACUUUCGGAUCAGGAGCCAAACGGACCAGCAUUGUGCUUCACGAAAACAUGAUCGUAUUCGUGAUGUCUUUUUACAACAGGCUUUCUCUCGGAGUAUUGUGUAAUUACUACAUGAGGUUUUCACAAACAUUGUUCUCAAUUACGAAUCCUUCAACAGUUCUCAAAUAUAAAUUCUUCUCUUCAUGUGGUAUACUGCAUAUGGUGAACACAGCUACCCUGUGUAUAUUUGUGUCACAAAGAAUAUGUGAUAAUAUGUAUAGAUAUUUGAAUGUUUGUCUAUUUUGUAGCCGCCGCAUGUAUGAAGACAGUAUUCACUGCGUUCUUAGUAUGAGCUGCUCGUCAUAAAUAUGGGACAAAAAGGAAACAGGAAGUGAUUUUGUAGGCGAGUGAAGUAAGCCUUUGAUCCUUUCCACCUUGCUUUUGGAUCCGUAACACACAGUUUAACGGAUGAAAGCAUGAAAAAUUUUAGACUAACUGCUCUUGUGCCGAUGAAUAUUGUUUCAAAAACAUGUAAGAAUUCUUAGCAUUUUAUAUAAUAGACGGAAAAGUAUGCGUAUGUGAGUAAAUCAGUUCGAACUCAUACUCCUUUCCGGACUUGGCAGGUGGAACAUUCGCUGCGAUGAAGUAACGAUGAUAGAAGUAUGCAAACAUGAUUUCGUUUUUGUAAUUUACAAUUCUGCAUAUUUUCAACCUGUUUGAGGCACUUGUGUACGAGGUAAGAGAAGCUGUGCCGUCUACGUCCUGAUGUCACAAAAUCAAGUUUUCCUCUGUUACAAGUCUUCUGUUUUCUUACUGUGCUUGCCGCCCAGCGAUAUAGGUUUCUUUAGUGCAGGCUGCAGUUUUACUAUUACUGUAAAACAUACGUAUGAUCACAUGUAAUUGUCAUUAUCCUCAGAGAGAAAACUAAAGUAUUUGGUGGGAGCAUCUUACAACUGAAGUUAAAUUUUUGUAAUAGUUUCUGUGUAUUGUGGACGUAAUGCGCCGAUGUGUGUGUGUGUGUGUGUGUGUGUGUGUUUGUGUGAGAUGUUAAAUUUUGGCUAAUUUGACAAUAUGUUACAGGAUGACUGAAAACAAAAUUGAGAUAGAAAAAUGGUAAGGUCAGAGGUAAAGCUGCACUCAGCCCGAAGAUUUGUAAGGUUUGUUUGAAGAUCACAGUGUUUUACCUGUCAUGUUUGUGUUGUCUCCCUCUGACUUUUGAUCUGACUUAUUCCGCCAGUUAGAUGAAGGUAUCGUUUAAUUAAUAUAGACUUUGGAUAUCGGCACAACUUGACAUUUCUCAUUACGAGGUGUGAAUACAGCGACUGGUGACGGAAGAAAAUCGUAAUACACACAGGAAUAGAAAUGUCGAACCUUUGAUUUUGUAGACUGGCACUUACUCAGUCACACAGUCACUGCAAAAGAAAACUAAUUCAGUGAUAUUUCCAAUUAUUUUCGAAAACAAGUAAGGAAUAUCACUGCACGUUUUGACGACGUGAUGAAAGUUAAGUAUUUGCUCCAUUAGUAGGCCCAUCCGGGAUAGCUGCAGUAACAAUCCUUUAUCCAUCUCUGCGAAUCAGUUUGAUCUUCACAAUCAAUAUUCAACCCGGUAAAAUGUUGCCAUUAUUGAAAUACAAUUACUUCUUAGCGACAUUUUCAUCAAAUAAUUCGUGCAUAUCAUCCACUAGCAAUGGUCUCUAUCUGCUAUUAGCUGUGUAAUGUCAAACAAAAAUUUUUGUCUGCUGUCGUUAAAUGUGAAGACAAAAUAUAUCAGGGUGCAUAGUUCUCUCUAUUCAAGGAUGAAAAUUGCUGAAUGUUACUGUAUUUCUUCAAUUUUGAUAUAUUUUAUUAUUAUAAAAUCAUAAGCU